AACCAUCAUUGAAAAUCUAAAACCAAAGACAAUAGACCAUUAUUAUUAUAGACCAUUAUUGGUAUUUCUUUUGUCUAUGCUAAAACUAAAGAAUGAAAAAAAACAUAAUAACAAUAACAUAAACAAACAUGUGGGUGAUUGACAAUCUUAACUGUUUGAAGGUUAUGUAUGUUUAGAGUUUCUUAGAGGUAAAAUUUCAAGUUGGUAAUCUUACCCUGAUUUUCUAAAAUGGAUUCUCAUUUUUGGAAUGAUUUGGAUCUUACUACACCAGUUAUUCUAUCAUGCCCUCUAAAAUGCAGCAAUGUGUAUGGUACUGUCUCAAAAUUCAAGUCAUACAUGAUAAGUAUUCAAAAAACUAUGAACGACUUAAAGCAGCUAGAUUCUGAAGCAGCUGCAUUAUCCAGGCUCAUUUAUCGAAUGAAAUAUAAACUACGCCAGGAAAAGAGUUUCAAAACACUUCAAAUGAUAAACCGAUGCCUAACCAACUACUUGUCCAUUCAUUUACCAUCCACGGUGAAUUCAAUAAAAGACACACUUCAAGAUGACAAAGGUCCUUCCCGUCAGAUGCUGGAGUGGAUGUUGGUGAGAUUGCUGAGUGUGGCUCAUCUGUUUAACAGAGUUUACUCCCUCUGCACACAAGCUGCUGGUCAUCUGUUUGUUCGUUUGAAGCUAGUUCACAUGUACGAAAUCACCUUCUUCACCGUUGCAGUGGUCAGUAGACUAUGGACUUUAGCCCAGUUUAUAGUGCGCAAGUGCUGUGAGUGGUAUAACAGCCUGUAUCAGUAUCUAGACAAGCUACAGCUAAGUUCUCACCCUUGGCUGCCUGAAGGAUCAUUCCUACCUCUAGACUUGGCAGCAACUCUAGGCAAUCCUGCGUACCUCAGUCUUAAGUCUGUAAAAAGGCCAGAUAAACUCCUGACAGAAAUAGAUCCUGCUGUUUCAGAAGCUGAUAAGACUGAGAUAAAUGGAAACUUGACAGAAAUACUUGAUCUUGAUGAUAUCGGAGAAACUGUGUCAAGAGAAUCUAAAGAUAUCGACUGUACAAUUGACGUAGAGAUGCUUCCUUUACCGUUGCCCAAACCAAAUAAGAGAAACAAUACUAAAACAGCAAAUGAUACAAUAGUGCCAAAGAAGCAACGGUUUGAUACCAGUUCGACAAUAUCUCCGUUACCGGUUCAGAAAAAUCAUAAAGCCACAAAAACGAGAGACAGUAGCUGUAUUCUAACCCCUAAAAUAAGUGCAUCGUAUGAACAUUCCAUCAAGAACAUUCAAUCGUCCAAAGACUUGUUGAAAUUUUUAGAAGUUGAAUGUAAUGUGAGACACUCUUCCACUAAUGGAAAGAUGGUUCAAAAAACGUAUCUGAAGGAUUGUGAUAAGUUGCAAUGGUCUAUGAUGGAGAAGUUUUUGAAGAAGCAAAUUAAACUAAUUUCUAAAUGUGAAAUUUCUGGGGAUUUAGUUUUGCAAGAAAAACUUUUGAAAAGAGUCAGAAAACAAAUUAAAAGUUUGGGUGGAGUAGUUAUGGAACCGUGGUAGCGGAAAAACUUUUGAUGCUCGUACGGAAGCAAUCGCUCCAGGUUGAUUGGCUCCGGGAUGGUUGACAUGUUUCCAAAACUUCUAUAUAUAAGUUCAUCUUCAAGUGCUGUUAUUAUUGGAUUUAGGAAUUUGUUUUCUCGCACAGAAGCCUG